CCCGCUUGCACGAUUUCUAAGUGGACUUUUAUUUCCUUGCAAACUUGACGAAGGAUAUACAAUCGCUCAAAAUGCUCGGCUGGAUCAAGUCUUUCGGGCUCAUCCUCCUCCUGGCGUCUGUUGCCCACGCCCAAUUCCAGUUCUUCGAGCAUAUGUUUGGCGGCGGCGGGGGCGGCGGCCAUCAACAUCAGGCUCCGCAGAAUGUCCCUAGCGAUAGUUCUCGGUAUCAGAGUCAAUGGGAGUCGGCUCACUGCGAUCGCUACCUGUGCCCUGGAACCCUAGCAUGCGUCCACUUUCCCCACCACUGUCCAUGCCCGCAUCCCGAUGUCGAAGAGAAGAUUGAGCUAGGAGAAGGGAGUGCUGUCUGUGUCUCUAAGGGAGGGUUCAAGGCCGGCGAGGCUGCGCGCAAGGUUGAAUUGGCGCGCAAGGGUCUUUUGUGAUUGUAUGCGGAAUUUCGGUGGAUCACUACAUUCUGUUAAGUAAAGCAACGGCUAGAGAGUAUGCACUGGGACCUUUCGCAGAUUGAGAACAGGCUGUCGAACGCUGCCCUCCUUGACAUCUAGGGAGCAUUUUGACUGGAUGAGAGCGAACGUCUGAUCACUGCGCGAUACGGCCAUCAAUACCCUUCAACACCUCUGCCUCAAAUGCUCAAUGGAAACAAUGUGACAUAUAUGUCCCCAGAGCUUUAUGUCAGUACAGCGAAAUCAAUGCUCCGGACAGUCCACUAUGAUGCGCGUCCAACUGUUUUGACUCAGGAAUGAUAUAGGGUCCCAGGUUGCUGAUGGCGCAUAAUGUACAGCACUUGCGAGAGGAUCUAGCGACGAUCGGCAAGUGGGUAAG